UUUGAUGCUACUCUGGUUUAAAGAUUUAAUGUAUGUAAUCGGAGAAAUUACAAUACAUCGACCCAACGUUUCGACGUUCCUGUCUGGUACCUUCAAUAGGGGUGAUCUGAUCCUUGCAACAAGAGGCCCUUUUAUAUGUUCACCAAUUAGCUGCCCUUUUUUCUGACGAGGUGUAAAUAAAAAAGUAAAAAUGAUUGAACAAUAAAUAUAAAAUAAAUUAAACCCUUAAUCCAAAAUCCUUCACAAUGGCUUCGAGAAAACUCGCACUAAAUGUUACAGUGUUUAACGCAACAUUAAGAACUCGGUUGCCCCGUAGCACCGUUUGAAGAUGGCGCCACCGUGCAUGCGCGAAAACUUAAAUUUCUUGUAUGGGAACCCAGGCGACGGCGGCGUGUCGCGGACCAGCCGUUUUCCAUUCCUUCAACAACUAGGUCCUGACAUUUUUCAGCAGUUACAAUUGUCGGAAACUGCUAAUUCUCUCUUUCUUUCUUCGCCUUCAAUAGUUCAUUAUAUCACAUAAUACAUACUACAUGAUAAACAAGAUACGGCAGGAGAUCUAGCAAGCUCUACUGAGCUUUUUAAAGAUCCCCAUUUAAUUAUAGUAUUACUUAAAAUAGUUUACUAAUAAUAGACGGCGGAUAUUAAUAUCUUUCUUAUCGAUCAGAGAUUUGCAAAUACAUAAUUAUUUUAUAUUCUCAACAUGCUGAUAGAAACUCAAAUACAUCUAAUAAAAAUCAUUUUUGGAACAUAUAGUUUUAACGAUUUUUUGAAAAGAUUGUAAAUAUUUAUGUUUCUAAUCUCACUCGGUAGAAUUCACCUUUCGUUUUGUUGGUCUGUGUGUUUGUUCGGCACGAAGAUGGUUUGUGUUUGGAUUCCUUUGUGGAGUUGAAAACUAAAAACGCGACGAUGCUCAAGGCGACACCGUAAAAGCUUCGAUGGUUUAAAGCAAUGAUAUUAAUCGACCGUGAAGGAUUCGUUCAAUAAAUUUUGCCCGAUAACGUGGAGUGAAGCUGCAGGAAGAUGGUUUUUGGCUUAAUCUCCUCGAGGAAUUGAAAGCUGGAAGCACACACUAGCGGUGGAAAUGGCCAUUGGUACCGUAAAAACGCGAUUCUACGGAAAGACUAUUUCCCGACUGCUACCCACUGCUCACGCGUAACUAACUCGUAACUCGUGUCUAAGCCUUUGCUGUUAACAAAAUUUUCUCUGCUUUAGUGUUGUCCAAAACGAGUACACCGUCCAGAGAAGACAAAAUCUCUCCCUUUAUUUUAUUCCUCGAGCUAUCAUUUCUGUUCGUUUUUAUAAAAUUCGCUAACGGUUCCAAUUAACUUCAAUGCGCCGAAUACACCAAUUCCCAUUCUUUUUUUUUUAUUCACCUGCCUUUUCUUUCACUAACCACCCGUGAGCCGCCUAACGGGGGCCUGUGAUUAAUUUGAUAGUUUUGAGUUAAUCUUAUCGCACGUUUCGAUUAAAAGAACAUAAAGGGUAGUUAACAACUGGAUGUACUGUCUUUCGUGCAAUUUCUAAUAUUUCCUUAAAAAUGAUUUUAACCGGUGUACGUCUUUAAGUCCAAUUUACACCCAGACCUCAGUCCGCAGUCCGUAGUCCGGUUCCAUAAAGAACGUCUAAAUGUCAAUCACCGCUGCCUACAACAGUCCUCAGAACUAAAGACAUCCGGACGAUCAGACUACUUAAUGAAAUCAAAUUCCUUUGUGCAUAAGUUACACUAACUGAGCUUAAGGAAUGAAGCGGUAUGAAUACGGUCUACUUGCUGCAUUGCCACCUGUAUUUUUCUUGAUUGUUUGUUUUAUUGUCAUUUUGUGGAAAUUUCGCGAUCUGAAGCUCCUUGCGAGCUCGAUUGCCAAAAUGGCGUUUUCCGAUAUUCUCAAGGUAAAGAAGAAGAAGGAAGACGGAAAGCCAAAAUGGCUUUUUAAAGACAUCGAUCUUACAUGUGAGAAGGGAAUAUUAUUCACGAUUUUGGCCACUUCCUUGAUGUUGUUUACGGGGAUGCUUACUGGCACGCUUGUAAUGUUCUGGCAACUCCUGCUGGUCGAAGUGAGUAGCGACUGCGAUGUAGAAGACCCUUCCAAAGACUGCUUUGAGGUCAAAUUCUGGGGUUGGCCGAAGCAAGAUCCCGUCAACUGUAGCAGCGCUUCCAUUCAAGACGGAACCACACAAGUCUUGUGCUACAAAAUUGUUUUCAAUUUUGGAGUAGCCACUGGUGCAAGCUAUGGAGCAUUCAAGCUGUCUAUGUUGGCUUACAGCUUGGGUUCAAGCGUAUUAUUGAUGAUUAACCAUGAGAAAUACAAUAACAGUCACAUUCAAUUUAGUCGUCUUCCUAUGGGGCAUCCCUUGGAAAAAGCUGAUCGCAUUGAAAGCUUCGCAGGCCAACCUAUACAAUACUGGCUUAGAAAACCCCGCUGCCGCUACCGACGACAAUUACAGGCCUGAGUCCAUGGAAAUAUGUUGAAUAAACACUUGAUUUUGAAACAAUACUGUGUUGGUAAUGACUAGAAUUUGUAACUUUCGGUAGGCAGGUAUGUACAGAAGCUUAAACAUUAUAGUGAAUGACCGUUCGCUCCACGCGUUGGUUUUCCUCUUAUACUUUUGCUCUUCAUAGUAAAUAAAUAGUCUGCCUGAAGAUUAUCAGCGGAGCGGGUAAGGAAUAGAACAGAUCAGCGCCGCGAUAAGAUUAGUAAAGCGUACUUUAAGCACAAUCGCCCACUGUCGGGCGAGGAAGUGAAAUCUUAGUUUGGUUUUUAAGUCGCCAUGCAAACCGAAUUAGAACUUGUUUGUUACAUUGGUGAAUAAAUCAUAUUUAAUCAAAGACUUGAUGUACACCCCUUUUGGUGUUACCUUUCUUUCAAGUAACUUUGGUGUUUUCCUUCUGGGAAUAAUAGUCUGAUUAAUUCUUUACAACUUCCUACACUGCAUUCCUUGGAGUGAACUGAUCGAAUUGAAAGCCCCGGAGAACAACCAGAACGAAAUUGCCUCAGAAAACCCUGCAGCCGAAAAAUACCCGGAUUGAAAGUGCCCGUCCGCGCAAAAUACCCGGAUGGAUAGUACUCAUCCGUGAAAAAUUUUGAAUGGU